CCUCCCGAUCGAACGCCAGUGCGAGCAACCACAAGUGCGCGAUACCGAGUCUCUCUUUUUUUACUUUUUCCUCUUCUUUUCUUCGGCGAUUACGACUCUCUUGUCGCGCGCGCCAGUGAGCUCUCCCGAAACGUAGAGACGGGCAGACCUCUCGUCUCCGUGGCGGCUUUCGCUCCAGCGCUUUCGAGCCGACGAACGCCAGCGCGCACAGGGACCUUUGACUGCAAGCCGAGCGCACGACAUAAGGUGGCGACAUGACGACGCUAAGAUCCGGGCUUCGACGACCCGGACUCACGAUGUACUUGGUCCUCGUCGUCUUGGCCGUACAGAACGCACAUUCCGCGCCCAUAGAAAACGAGUCCACGCAAGUUGCCGAAUACGAUGCGAGCGCAGGCGGAUGCUACUACAACUUAGAGCACUACCAAGAAGGCGCGCGGAUAAUAACGAACGAGCCAUGCCUCAACUGCACGUGCCACAAUCGAAUGCUGAUGUGCUACUUGAGGGUGUGUCCCUUCACCAAGGCGAUCGGCCAGGACUGCACGGUCGAGAAGCGACCCGACCAGUGCUGCCCCGUAGUCACCUGUCCCGAAGUACCCGUUCAACUGCUCACCUCCACCACGUCCUCGCCGGCCAAUAGGUCGGCCGCGGCGCCCUCGUCCAGCACCGACCUCGGCUUCCCCGACACCUACGGCUGCAGCGUCAACGAGCGCUUCUUUGCCGACGGCGCUCAACUGCCGAUCAACGCCAGCAACCCCUGCGAGCUCUGCUACUGCAUCAGAAACAAGACCACCUGCCUGAUGCAGCAGUGCACGCUCUCCGUCGUCGGCUGCAAGCCGGUCUACCAUCCGGGCAUCUGCUGUCCCGUCAAAUACAAUUGCGAUUACGACGACAGCUACGAGACAACGACGCCCGGCCUGAUAAUGUCGACGACGACGACGACGACGACGACGACGACGACGACGACGACGACGACGCUGGAGCCUCGCAUCACGCCACCGCAGUGCACGCACGACGGCAACACGUACGACGACGGCGAGCUCAUCUACACGAUUCAGCCGUGCCAGCACUGCUACUGCUUCCACGGCGACAUCGUGUGCGCGGUGCAGGACUGCGGCAAACCCAUGGAGUCUCACGGCAACAAUUGCACGGCACUGCCACCGCUCGACGGCGAGUGCUGUCCCAGCUAUCACUGCGAGGACGGUACGUCAAACGUCGCUACGGAAAUACCCGACGUAACGGACGUAAACGAAGUUCCUCAAGAGCCACCGAAAGAGUCGUUCCCUGGAGCCAACAACGACAUCCCAGAGGAAGUUACGGCAGACCGCUCGUCAACGACGGAAGAGCCGCAAACGGUAUUGCCCGUUAAGAGCGAAGUUCCUGAACCUAAUACCACGGCAUCACCUGCCAUUGACGAGAAACUCACGACUAUCGAGUCGGAAGAUAAGCCAACCGAAUCAAAAGAGCCGCAUGACGAUCAGCUCACGGAGAAGGCUCCGAUGCCAGAUGAGACUGUGAUUGAAAAUACCACACCUACGCUGAUAGAGGUUAACAAGGACUCUGAUCUAUCAUCUGAACUUCCUCCAAGAAUAGACAGCGAUGAGCAUCAAGAUGAGACGACAACCAGUGAAACAAACAACGUUGCCGAAGCAUCGACCGAAUCAAAAUUAUCGCCAACCGAUACAGAACCGACGAGAACUCCGGGCGUUGAAAAGGGGGCAGAAAAUGCAAGCCACGAACCGGUCGCUGAGGCCAUGCCAGAAGAACCCACAAUGACAUCUCCGGAAGACAGCGAGAAUAUUUCGCCAGGUCAAGCUGAUGUGACGACUGAAAAAGUAACGACAGUUAGCGAAGGAAUAGACAAAACUAGUGAUUCUUCUAGUCCAGUUAGUGAAGUAAUUACAACCGAACAAAGUAGUAGCAAGGAAUCGACUGAAGCAACGCCAUUAUCCUCAGAUGUAGAAUCAAAGAAACCAGUUGAGCCUGCAUCAGAAACGACAGAACAAACAACGACAGAACCUGACUCAGACAAAUCUGCGCUCUUGCCUGAAGUUCCAGAUGAUAACAAGAGUACAACACAGAGUCAUAACAUUGAUUCGUCAUCGUCAAACAAUGAAGAACCAGAGAGCGCAGAGCCUGUAACUAUCGCUACUGAUUCAUUAUUGCCAAAUAAAGAGAUUGACGAAGAACCGAAACAUGUAGAGCUUGUAACUACCAGUACUGACUCGUCAUCUUCAAGUAGUGAAGAACCAGAAAGUGCAGAACCUGUUACUACCAGUAAUGAUUUGUCAUCGCCAAGCAAUAAAAAUCCAGAUAGUGCAGAACCUGUUACUAUUGGUAUUGAUUCAUCAUCAACAAACAGCGAAGAAUCAGAAAGUGUAGAGCAUGUUACUACACCAGAAUACUCAUCGACCUCGACUAUUUUGAGCUCCGAUGUUGAAAAAACAUCUGAUGAAUCGAAGUCACCAAUCAGCCCUGAAGCUACGACAGUAGAAACUCCCGAAGAAAAUGACAAUACACUGAUUACGACUUCAGCUCCAGCUUCAGCUCCAGAAGUUACAACUACAAAAUUAAACGACGAAAUGGUAUCGGAAGAAAUAAAAGAGCCAAUAAGUCUUCAAACUUCUACACCGGAGGAUAUUGAAAAUAGAAUUCCAGAAGAAACCGAUACGACAACGCCGGCUAACGACAGAUCUAAGCCUGAAGAAAGUAUAACAAUCGAGCCAGAAAUUACUACGUCAAAGAAUAUUGAUGAGGACAAACAAGGUGCAGAAACUAGGGUUCCAUUUGAAACAUCCACUCUUCCAAACAUCGAAAGCAAGAAGCCUGAAGUAGAUGAAACGCCAUCAACUUUAAGGCCUGUUUCAUCAUCUGAAAGCGAGCAACCCAAAACUGAAGAGCCUCCGUCAGAAAACAUUACUACGCAAGCACCUGAAAAGUCAGAAGGUUCUGAAGAACCAAUCAUACCAGAAACGGGACCUUCCGGUAUACCAAGCGUGUCUAAACCAGAGCGAGGUCCAGAGAACAAAAAAGUGGAUAGCAAUGAAACUCUGGUAGAACCUGGAGUGACUGAAGGAAUUAUUAUUACUGGUAGUGGCAUGCCGCAUCAUGUUAAUAUGCAAACUGAAGAACCAGAGUACGGAUCCACGACAUAUUUGCCACCAGUUGGUUCAAGUAUUGAAGUAGACAGACAAUCAUCUACACCCAUAAUUGAGAAAUUACCUAAAGAUGAUUUGGACGUAGAAAAACAAACGACAGAACUUCCUAUCACACCUAAAAUCAAGUACGAUACAACAACAGUUAAGCAACCUGAAGAUUCAAAUUCUGAAACAUCUAAGGAAGGAAAACCUAGCAUUGACAACGAGGCAACUUCCAAGAGGCCAGACGAUGAAAGUAAGACGACAAAACCUGUCGACAGUACUUCAUCAAUAAAAGAAAUACCCAGCGAUACAUCAGAUAAAUCUACUGGUGAGAAAGAGGGUGAGAUUGAGCAAACAACAAGUAAUGAACUCUCUGAUGAGGAAUCGACAACCGUGACGACUGUCAAAGAAAACGAGCCAUCAGUUAGUGAUGAAAGUAAAAGUAGUACUGAGGCUCCUGAAGAAGAAAAAGAUGCUUCCAAGUCUCCCGAAGUAGAAGAAGGAACUACUAGUGUUACAGGCAUCGAUGAUCAAUCUUCAGAAAAGCCAGUUAGUAACGAAAAUAGCGUUGAACCUGUGACUAGUUCCGGUAUCACCAGUGAGGUACCUGAAUCAGUCACUAAUCCUGAGCACAGUUCAAGUGGAACUUUAUCAACUGAGGCACCACAAAAAUCUAAAGAAACAGAAUCUGCUUCCGAAAUUCCUAUUUAUAGUGCACCAGAAGUCCCUGAAUACAUUAUGACAGAGAAAACUUCUGAAAGUUCAGUUGAGUCAGACGCACACACCACUUCAUCACCAGAAGAAGAUAAAAUAACAACGCCAAAACUAAUCGAAUCAUCUACUGAAGUUGUAACAUCAGAAUCUUCGACUGCUCCAGAACAGUCAGAACCAUCGACAGAAAGGAUAAAAGAAUCAUCUACUGAAUUUGAUGAACAUAGUAAAGAAGUGCCAGAAUCGACGUCCACAACUGUGGCUUCAAUAGAUGUAACACCCGAGCAAGAGUUAAUAGCACAGCCAACCACAGAAAAAUCUGCAACUGCGGAAGACUUGUCGGAAAAAAUAGAAGAGUCUAGUCAAUCAACAGAAUCUAAUGAUAUUACAAGCCAAAAACCAAUUAUUGAAAUGGAAGUAACGCGCCCAGGUAUCCCAGGAGAAGGCAAUUGUCUUGAACAAGGCCAAACUUAUACUAAUAAUUCGGCACUUCCUCCACAAAGCCCUUGUGAAUUUAAUUGCCGAUGCAUCAGUAGCAUGAGAAUAUGUGAACAUAUAGAAUGUUCAUCUCCACCAGACGACUUACCACCUAACUGUACACAAAUACAUUCAGCUGAAUCAUGCUGCCCAAUGUACGUUUGCGACUCAACGCCAAAGGUUGAGCUGCAAGCUGGUAAUCAGAUGUCUGACAGUCAUACAACUCCUAUUUAUGAUGAAAGCAAAACGAAAACUACUGAAAAAUUAUCCGAAGAAUUCUCGACAGAAUCACCUAAAGUUGAAGAGCCUAUUCAAUCCUCCGCGACCACAGCUCAAACAGAAAAAGAAUCGACUACUCCUGUUCCUUCGGUAGAAGGAGAAACUGUGAGUCUUCCAACAUCAACUGAAAGUUCCUCAGCAGAACCAACAAUUGAUAUAAGAAUCAAAGAGGAUGAAGAAAAAGAACCAACUUUGCCAAUUGAAUCCUCCAAAGACAUGGAAGAAACAACUACAGCAAUUCCCGAACCCGUUGAAACAAUGUCACAAAAAACAUCCAGUAACGAUGAAACAUUACCUACUGCGACAGACAUAUCAGCAACUCAAAAACCAAUUUUGACAAUAGAAUCACAAACGGAAAAAGAAAGUUCUGAACACGUUACCGAACAGUCGGAAGUUGAAGGAUCUUCAGAACCAACGAAGCCAUUAGAAGGUCAGGAUGACGAUAAUUCGAGCACACAGUUGCCAGGUACAAAUGAGACGCCUGUUACAAGUCCUGAACCUACCAUUACAUCAAUCGACAGCGAUACCAAGAACAUUAUUUCAGGACCUAGUGAAGAACCCUCAUUAUCAGAAGAAACCGAAGUAACUUCUUCGACUACAUCAUACAGCACUGAAUCAUCAAAAACAGGAGCUUUUGACGAAGAAAAACAAAAGCCUAAAGAUUCGGAAUCUGAAAAAGAAACCCCAGAAUCCACAGAGCGUAGUUCAGUAGGAAGUAGCGAAACCCCCACUGAAGAAAGUACCAGCUCAGAAAUUCAAGAAGGUACCGCUACAUCUUCUGCCACUCCUGAUAAAGUAUCUGCCGAAGAUACAUCAAAUAAAUUAAACCAAGAUACCUCUGCAUCGUCACCAUUACCAGAAGUUGAUGUUACAAGUAUGACUCCUGAACAAUCAUCGUCUCACAGUUCCGGAGCUACUGAAGAUGACAUUAACAAACAGCAAGAGUCUACAACCCAAGAAAUUAUAUCUGAAACAAGUGAAGAUACACCUAAAGAAACUGUUGAAAAUGAACCAUCUACUUUUGCACCAACAGAUAGAGAUGAAUCAACAGCGUUAUCCGAAACAAAGCCUUCAGAAGGACAAGAACCUCUGCAAACCACGGUUCAAACAGAAGUUGACUCUUCUGCUGAGGUUUCGACUACAAUGAUAUCAGUAGAUGAAACUACAAAGGACUCUGAAAUUCCAGACAAGGCAUCGUCCGUUGAACCACAGCUAGAAGAAACUACAGAACUGAAUAAACUAAGUAGCAGUUCUAGCGAAAAUACGAAUAUUGAAUUAACAGAGUCUCCGGAGGAAACUAAACAAGAAGAGCCAAUUACAACUGUUGCUCCGUUAGAUCAGUCUACUGAUAAGACUACGUCGAGUGAAGAGACUAUUGAAGAUGGAAAGUCUACUGAAUCACCUAUUAGUGAAAGUGGCGAUACGAAUAUUGAAACUAAAAUAGAAGCUACCGAGCCAUCAGUUCUAGAAGACAAAAAAGAGGAAGUAGUAACAGCAGCUCCCGAAUCUGAAGAGUCCAGUAAAACUGCCACUGUUCCUGAACAAUCAAGUACGGAUGAUCAAGCAUCAGAGCAUCCAGUUGAAACACCAGUUGAGACUUCAAUCGAAACAUCUACCGAAGGUGAAGAAGUGUCUUCUUCAGCAGUUUCGGAAGCAAACGAAAGCGAAGAAGUUACGAAGGGAGAGUCUGAAGUUCCCUCAGAAGAACCAUCUUCAGCUUCAAUUGAUGAAUCAGAAAAAUCUAUAGAUGAAAAUACUCCAGAGACAUCAUUAGGAGAAGAAACCACCACUAAAUCAUCUUCCGAACCUGCAAUUGAUUAUUCCUCCUCCGUACCUGCAAUUGAUUCUUCCUCCUCCCAACCUGCAGUUGAAUCUUCUUCGUUUGAACCUACAAUUGAACCUUCGUCUUCUGAACCAACUGUUUCUGAUGUAACGACUAGUGAACCUAAACUUGGUGAAAAAUUAGGUGAAAAUGAGCCAAGCACAUCAUCAGCAAUUUCUGAAGAGCCUACGUCUUUGCCUGAAAGUACUAGCGACAGCUCAAUAAGCUCGACAUCCGAAACUCAAGAUCAAAGUACCAAGGAAUCGAUAUCUUCACAAGAACCAAUAAGCACGGAGCCGUCCGAGACACCUGAUUCUGACGACGAUCAACAUAUCCACGACACACAAGCUCAACAUACAGCGCAGCCAAUCACACAAGAACCUCAAAAUAUAACUGAACAAUCGACAGAACAUUCUGAAGCUGUAAUCCCACACAAACGACCAGAAUACCCAGAUCAGACUGAAAAUCUGCCGGAAACCGACGAUGAGGCUAUUUUCCCACCUGAAGGUGGAAAUAUCAAAGAUCCGUUCGAGGCGCCAGAAACCGACGGAGAAGACUAUGAUGGUACCGACGAACACAUAUAUGGACCUGGAACUUGUAGAUACGGCGGAAAGAUCUACAUGUCUGCCCAGCAGAUUCCACGCGACGAUCCUUGCGACUUCUGCUUCUGCUUCCGUAGCGAUAUUAUCUGCCUACAGCAGAGUUGUCCUCCACCGAUACCUGGAUGUCACGAGGAACCAAUCAACGGAUUCUGUUGCCCGAGGUACGAGUGUCCCGUUUCGAUGGCGACUUCUCUCAACAUAACAACUACAACGACCACCACGACAACCACGGUGCCACCGCACUUCUUGUCGCAUGCCUACCGUGGCAAUGCGUUCCGAGGAGGCUGUCAAGUUGGCAAUCGAGCGUACCGAAUUGGUGAGGAAAUCAAGUCAAAGUCCGGACCCUGCAUGGGCUGCACGUGCGGAGGUGACGGCAAGAUGAAGUGCGAGCCUAAGGCCUGUUCGGCGAGCCCCAUGCUCAAGGAAAUGAUAGCUCAUGCAGCUGCCAAAAGGAGAAGGAGAUGAGCCAUUUACGCAUGGUUCAAUCAAAACCGAUAACUUUAAUCUCCUGACAUUAAAUGUCAGAUAAUUGUAAUACAUGAAAAUAGUGCGUACGUUUGUACAAAAAACGAAAUGCAAGAGAGAGAGAGAAAGAGAGGGAGAGAGAGAGAGAGAGCACGAUAGAGCAAGUACGAGAGAGAGAAUGAGAGAACGAGCGAGUCUGCGCAAUGGAGUAAAAAUGGACUUGCAUGUGAAUCGCCUUAGACAAAGACAGUUUUUUAUUAAAUAGGCGAUAUAGCGAACUGAGUGGCCAAAACGUAAACGUUUAUAUAUAUAAAUAUUUUAUUGUUUUAUACAUAUACAUAAAUUUAUACAUAAAUAUUAUAUAUAUGAAGGGAGCGAAUGCGGACGGAUGUUUGAAAACGCGAAUUUUUUUCUUUGUGGUGCCAAAAUGUAAUGGCUAAACGGAUAUUAAAAAGACACGAUAAUGUAAAGAUAUAAUUAUAUUAUAAGGAGCAAUUUUUUUAUAAGUAACGGGAAAAUCUUGCGCUGUACCAGUAAUGCUCGAUAAAACGCGCGAAGGUUAAAGCCCCUGCCCUUCCUUCCUCCCCAAUGAUAUCCAAAGAUUACAGUCAAUGAAGAAAUUUCGUCGCGACUUGAUCGCUUGUCUAAAAUCAAAAGUACUCGAAAAAAUUAUCGACAAAUGUUCAUACUUUAAGUGCGACUAAUAAAUAUUGAAAAGUUUUUUCGUAGGAAAAUUAAACAAUCAAAGUUUCUCGGGUCAGAUUCGUUAUGAGCUGCGACAACAUUUUGUUUUUUCAUUGUAAAUGUAAACAUAUUCUUUUAUGAAGACACCACUGCUCAAAACAUUCCGAGAUCGAUUAGUCGCACGAUAGGUAUAAAUAUUUGUCAAUGAUAAUUUUUUCGAACACCUUUGAUUUAUAUUUUAAGCAAACGUUUGGAGAGGAGUCGCGACGAAAUUUCUCCAUUUACUGUGUAUCUAUGGAUAUCGCUGGGAGCUCUUAAUGCUAAGACUUGAAGCCUUGUGCCUUCGUUUUAAUACCGAUUUACAUCAACGGCGUUGACGAACGAACAUAAAGAAAUCAAAGUUUUUAAACGCAGCCAUAUCACGUUGCCAGACUAAUUCAGCAAAUUGAGACAGGUGAAUGAGAAAACAGCGCAAGUCAUGUUUUUAACGUAAUUUUUUCAGGGUAAUAUACAAUCUUUUUUACAGGUAAUUAUUUUUUUAUACGAAUGCGUUGUGUAACUUCAAUUUUUCAGUAAAGAAACUUAUAUGUGAGUGCAGCAUUAAAGCCGCAACUCUUUUGUAAUGUAAAUACUUUUAAAAAAAGAUAAGCUUGUAAUAUUUAAUGAUGAGGAAGCGUAGGUUAUCGUUGAGAAGCGGAAACGCGAGAAUAAGUGAGAAAGAAGCAGAAACGAAGUUGAAACAUUUAAAGUAAAAGGUAAACGUACGCGCAAUUUGAUAGCUCGUUAAAAAAAGACGGGCGGCUCGUACGGAGGACCGACGGUCGUAUUUGCAAACCGAUUGCUUCUCCGGCGAGCUAAUGAACAAUUUCAAUUUAACAAACUAAAAAAAAUAAUGUAGGUACGUAUACGCACACGGACAUAUAUAUAUACAUAAUUAUAAAUAUUAAAUCUAAAUAUAUACGUUUAUACGAAAAAACUUUAUACUCUGUAAUAAUAAUCUCUUAAAGGCAUUUAAACGGCGCAAUUAAUUCUCUAUAAAAGUGUUUAUUUUAUUCAGUUAGACACCGCAAGCGUUCUGUAAUUAUCCAUGUUAUUGUUUUUUUUUUAAUUCUCCAGUCUCUAGUUCUAAGUAGCAGUCCGAGCUUCGAGACUCGAGAAUACGAAAAAAAGAGUUUGUAAUUUCUUCUCUUUUAUAUAGACAAAUUAGAAGAAACAUUAGGAGAGAACAUGAAGAUUGAAGUUCUGUUGUUAUUGACGAGAGCAGCCUGUAGUCCGUUCAUUGCAAUUUUAAUUAUUCCUUUUCUUUUCUUUUCUUUAUUUUUUACUAAAAUAAGAGAUAAAAGGAAAACAACUUUUCCGAGCCGUUCGACCAGUAGAAGCUAUAUCAGAGCACAUUUUUUACACGAUGAAAUUGUCAACGUCAAUCACUUGUUAACUUUCGGUAUAUUAAAGUUAAGCGCAACAAAAAAAUAUAGGCUUCUACCGCUUGGACGCUCGGACGGGCUGUUGCUUGUAAUUUUCCAGCAAAUCUUCAGCCUUCCGUUCGAUAAAAAUAAAAGCGCCAGAGCCGACUUGCGGCUCGCGUCUUGGUAAUCAAUCAUUGGCCGUCUGUCGGUUACUCUUGUUUCCUGUGUAUGAAAUUUGGAUUCGCGUAGCUUACAUAAGACAGUCUGCUCUCGAGGCGCGAGACGCGAGCCGAUCGAACGUCCCUUUCUAUUUUCUAGCGACUAAUCGUUUUAUAGUAUUUAUACCUUUAUACACUCAAGUAUAGCAGUUUAUAACAAUUUAAACAAAAAAAGCAUACAUACAUAAGUGUAUUUCGAGUGUGUUAAAAUAGCGACAUGUGUAACGAAAACAUUUAUUCUUGAGGGUGGUGCGCGCGAAAAAAAGACCCAUAGCGCGUGAAUAGGCGAUUGGCCAGCGCUGAUAUUAAUCUUUAAUCGUACAUUGUAAGAGCCAUUUAUUAAGCGAGCGCUUGGUCCAACUUGUCAAGGCGAUCGAUUAUUCAGUUUUUUUGACACGCGAACCGCUGCAUAUUAUAUGAUAUGUGAUAGUCGAAGCAUGUGCGAGUCGGCUGCAACUUGGUUAUUCCGGCUGCGGAAACCUUAGGCUAGAAUUUAAGACAGUACGUUCUAGUAUAAAGUGUCCUUUUAUAUGAAUAAAUGAUUUUGUAUGUCGAAAAUCGACUUUAUUUACCUUUACCCGUCCUCUCUCUCUCUCUCUCUCUCUCGCUCACUA